GCCCCCUGGUUCCCAUGCACAACACAUGAACAUGCAACAUACACAAUUCAGACCGGCCCGGCGUGUUGCAUUGAGGUUAAGCUCUCUGAUCUGCUUUUUUUCCCUAAUAGACGGAUUUUCGUGGGUUAUAUUACUGAAACUGCAUGGUCUGUUCGUCUGCAAGCACUGUUGUGCUCAGUAGAUCAAUUUUAUUGGGUAGACACGUUUGGCGACGCUUUUUUGCCAUGGAAGCCGCUGCGACCAACAAUAAGAGGCCACUAGAGGAAGUUGAGGACGAGUCCAAGCGGCCGCGGGUUGAAGCCAGGGUUCGCAGAAAAAAGGUCGCCCUUUUGAUGGGCUACAGCGGGCAGGGCUAUUUCGGAAUGCAGAGGAAUCACCAGAUGCGCACAAUAGAAGACGAACUGUUCAAGGCGAUGUUGAAGGCUGACUUUGCCUCGCAAGAAGAGUGUGAUUUUCCGCACACUCUCUUCUUCCAGCGUGCAGCCAGGACAGACAAGAACGUGUCUGCAGCCAAACAAAUAGUCUCCCUGAAACUGUGUACGGACCCUGGCGUGAUCGAGCAGCUAAACAGCCACUUGCCUCCUGAAAUACGAGCGUUCGGUCUGAAGAGAGUGACCAAGAAUUUCAACAGCAAAGGAAACUGUGAUGCCCGCACUUACAGCUACACAUUCCCAACUUUCGCUCUCAGCCCUGUGGGCCAGGAGGACGAAUCCUUCAGGGCCACGCCCGAGCUGCUUGAGAAGUUCGCGCAGACGUUGAAGAUGUACGAAGGCACAAAAAACUUCCACAACUUCACCUGCAAAAAGACUUUUGUCGACCCCAGCAGUAAGCGGUACAUAGUUAAGUUUGAGUGCUUGAAGCCUUACGAGAAGGACGGGCUCGAGUACAUUGAAUGCCAGGUCAAGGGGCAGAGUUUCAUGAUGCACCAAAUACGAAAAAUGGUUGCCUUGGCCAUAGCAGUUGUUAAGGGCAUUGUUGAGCCGGAUAUAGUGUCCAAGGCUUAUGAAUCGAAUCGGUUAGACCUCCCAAUGGCUCCUGGACUUGGCUUAGUCUUGCAGGAGGUGCACUACGACAGGUACAAUAGGAAAUUCGGCAAGGACGGUGUCCACGAAACGCUAACAUGGGAGGCGGAGGAGGAAGCGGUGCAGAAGUUCAAAGAAGAAUUUAUAUUGCCUACCAUUUACGAGGGGGAGAGAAACGGAAAAUCCAUGAUGAACUGGAUUGUGACGCUGCCGCUGCACACCUUUGAUGACAAGAGGAAUGUAAAAAAGGAUGAGGAAGAGGAAGAUGGGGUCAGCGACGAGUAGUACUUUUAAUUUAAUCCUCCAUUAAUUAAUUAUGAAUCAUUAUAGGAAUAUUAGUUCAAAUAAAAUUCUAAGUUUUCCACACUGGAAAAUUUAUUAAUUCUUUUUAAUAA